AUGAGAGUUUCUGGCGUGUUUAGAAUUAUAUCAGCUGACCGAAGAUAUGAAGAAAUACAUAGCACUUACAAGCCCAUUAAAAGAUUAAUGAGAUUAGUUUCUUUAAAUUGUUCCGGUGCUAAUACAAGCUGGGAAUUAUUCUGGACAGUGUUCAAAGCGUUUGCUUCAGCAUCAGUCCUAGGGUUUUUGACAUUCUACUGUUUGUAUAUAAAAAUUCGAUAUCACUAUAAUGACGUUAUUCUCUCUAUUAAAUUAACUGACGCGGUACAAAUGUGCUACGACUAUAUUCAAUACCUCUUGGAUUUGUUUUAUGUGUUCAAAUAUGGCCGAGAGACUUAUGAAGAGUAUUAUAAACACAUGAUAAAUAUCGAUCAAAUUCUUAUUACCGUUAAUUACUCAGCUAUUAAAAGUAGACAUAUAAAAUUUAUAGCAUAUUUCUGUGUAAUUUUGAUAAUUACUUCAGCGUGGGAUUUUACCGCUUGGGCACUCAGCUAUGGGGUCUUACUUCCAACAUUAUAUGCCACCAAUUAUAUUUACCUUCUGAUCAAGAUGUUAACUACGCUUGAUCUCAUGUUACAUGUGAUGCACGUAGAAUAUCGUUUGAAAUGUAUUGUGAAUCAACUUCAAGAAUGCUACUGUGAGACUAAGCGGUUUCCAGGAGAUUUCAUCGACUCAAUUGGUAACAAGCUUUGGUUCUACUGUGAAAGUCCGUCCAAACCUGCUAAUACCGGCAUGAGGCCGCCAGACAAAAUAUUGACAGGAAAUAAUCCCCAAGCUGUGAAGUGGCUGAGCCGAUGCUACCUUGUUUUGUGUGAACAGUGUGUCUUCAUAAACAACUUGUAUGGGACUAGGAUAUUACUCAACAGUCUGAGCCUGUUGAUAGAUAUGAUACGGUUUACUAACAUAGCCGUAAGACUAGUCACCGGAUCACAGCCCACCAUGUACGCAUCAGGGAUCUACCCAGCGGCCGCAAACAUCUUGCGAAUGGUGACGUGCGCGCUCGUGAUUGGCACACUGGUCUCGCAGUGCGAGCGCGCGUACAGACAGCGCGACAAAGCGCUCGCCGUCAUCGACCAUAUCCUCGUAGGCAAAGAACCUGAUGCUGACCUAAGGUCGGAGCUGACCGAUCUCCGAGGGCUAAUUCAAUCACGACCCAUCCAGUUCCAUACGUCGUACUUCUUCCGACUUGAAUAUGGUUUCCUCGUAUCCCUGGUUUCUGUUAUGGUCACAUACACCAUUAUUUUAAUACAAAGUGUUAAUUAA